AUAAUAUAGGAAAAAUUUAAACAUUAAACAAGAUUUUAUAAACAGCACAAGCUCGACUGAGAUUAUACUGCAAUAAGUAUAAUAAUUUUAGAUACUGACGUGGUGUUCAGAUACCUUAGGACGUUUGUGAAGUAUUUUAUUUAUUUAGAGACUGAAUAAAAUUAUCAUGAUAGAGCUUUCAGCAAAACUUACCACUGGAACAGUUUACUUAGCUGGGGAAGCCUUAGAAUGUUCAAUUUCGUUCUGUCAUACAACACAACCUGAACAUAGAAAUUCGCAAAGUCACAGUGAUAUCCUUGAAAACUUAGCAUGGGCUUCAGCACAAAUACAUUGUUUCUAUUCAACAUCGGGAAAUACAGGAGAAAAGACACCAGUAUCAGGCAAAACCACAUCAUUGGAAGUGACAUCCUGUGACAUUGGAGACGUUAUAUUUCAUACAAAACCUAAGAUUUUAUUUUGUGAUCUGACAAUACCCCUUGGGGAGACUAAAACAUACUGGUACAGGGAGUCUCUGCCUAUUGAAGCGGCACCCUCAUAUCGUGGCACAUCUGUAAAAUACUCAUACAAAAUAACUAUAGCCACCCAAAAGGUUGGCUCUCAUAUUAAAAUGGUUCGCAUUCCAUUCAGAGUACUUCCAAUUAGCCCUAUAAUGAAUAUGCAAGAUCAUGCAGCUCUGUGUGGAAAUGAAACGACAGAAGAUCUGCAGCCAACUAAUCCAUUUUCAGAGGAGAGGAAAGUUGAAACUCCUCUUACAAUGGCUUUACAAGUCUUACAGAACCUCACAGCUAGAAGAAGUCCUAACUCAUACAUGAUAACAAACACUAGAGGAAAAGUUGGAAGAUUUUGUUUAUUUAAAUCAGCAUACAAGCUUGGUGAAGAUAUUGUGGGCACAUUUGAUUUCUCAGUUGGGACUGUGACUUGUAUGCAGGUAUCUGUAUCAUUACAACCUGAGGAAGUAUUGAAAUCAAAAUCACCUAAAAAUGCUAGCAAAGAUACAUGUAGUAGAUCAAUGACAGUGGCCAGAUAUCAUGAAGUUACUUUGGGCCUUACACACUCCCAACUUAUACUUCCAAUACCAUUGCAUAUAACGCCAGCUUUUGAUGUUGAGGACGUUUCACUCAGAUGGCGUCUUCACUUUGAAUUUGUGACUACCAAUGAGAAAUUGUUGCCAAACCCUGAAGAUAAAGAUUGGAAUGCUCCCUUGAAUGUGCCUAUUGAGACAAUGGUUUGGAAUUUACCAGUAAAAAUUUAUUCCACAUUACCAAAACAAAUAACUCAACAUUCAGUUGGAAGUGAUGCCUACACCCUUAAUAUUAAAUAAUAAAUGAUUUAAUAGACCAAUUAAAUUUUAAUAAAAUUCUUAACCACAAUUAUUAACUAGUUAUAGUUAAGUUUAACUUAAAUUAUGUAUUAUCACAAAAAUAAAUUAGAAUUUUAUUAAAAAAUUUAUUCAUCUACUGACUCCUUAUCCCAAUCUUUCAUUUUAGCACCCAUCAUGAAGUCAUCCCUGGAACAAUAUAAUAUAAUAUAAUAUAAUAUUUAUACACAUUUUUAUUUAUUUUUAUUCAUCAUCAUCAUCAGCCCAUAUUCGUCCACUGCUGGACAUAGGUCUCCCCAAUUUUUCCCUAUUUUUAUUAUGUGAGUGGUUAAUUAAUAAUUAUUAAAAAAAUUAUUUAAAAGAUUUAAGAAAAUUAUGUAGUUUUAUUAUGUCUAUUGAUUUUGUAAGCCCCUUUGACAUAAUUUUAUAACUUAAUUGGUUAGUACAUAAAAUAGUAACUUUGCAAUAAAAGUUUAUAUGUAGAAGAUUGUAUACAAUUUAUAAUAAAGCUAUAAACUAUUACAAACCUCAGUGCAUUCCAUUUAGGAACACUGUCUUCAACUUUUACCUCAUCCUUUACAGUAUUUGCUUCUUUGUCCACAAUUAUUGACUUUGUUUGACCCAUCAACUUAUCUAAAAAUGUUCUCUUAUCGAAUUUCUUCAGUAUCUUCUCCUUUUUACCUUCUGUCAAGUUACUUUUGUUUAUAUCUUUUUCCAAUGUUCUUUGUUGAUUUCUUACUGCAUUAAAUAAUUGUACUACUCCCUUUGUAGCUAUUUUUGCUAAUAAUCUCUCUCUAUCUUUCUCUAAUAUAUUUGGUUUCACUCGAAUUGUAGGCUUUUCAUGUUUCUGAAACAGUAAUAAAUUAAAGGAUGUCUUUACUAAUAAUAAAUGUAUUUAUUUAUUUGCACACAGCUUAAUAAAUAAAAUUAUUAAUCUUAAACAAUGGC